CAAAAAUACUGAUCAGCAGCAUCAGCUCGAUAGCAUGAUUCCCUCCAUGGUGAGCAACAGAGUUGUUCUUGCGGGUUCGUCGUCUACUUCGAGUGCUGCUUCGCCCUCGUCCUUGGGCCCCUUCGGUUUCAUGGCCGCGAGAAGCACAUCUAGUCCAGCAGGACAACACUCUACUGCUGGGGUCGAUUCUGCGGUUUCGAGCCCAAACGUGCGGAAAGAAACGAGGGGCUUUCAAGCUUUCGCCUUCGUCCCGAUGGCGGCCAGCAGUUGCACAGCCGCUGCAUCUACUUCCGGUUCAUCUUCCUCGACCACUUCAUCUACUUUCGGCCCGGCCUCUUCUGGAAAUAAAACAACUUCCGACAUGGCCUGCAGCACGAUAGAAGAAGACCAGUGCGGGACGAUCAACAACUUCGUUUCCACUUGCGGGACGAUAGGAAGCCCGCUGCUAGAAACCAGAACGGCUGACGUGUUGAAUAUUAACCGAGCAACUGCUGCUGAUUUUUCCGCAAUGGUAGUAAACGGCUCAAAGGACGACGAGAACGAUCGGGCUCAGAGAGGAACGGGAGAGCAAGCACAAACUGUUAACAGAUCGAAAGAUGAUCAACAAAGCGACGCGCCGCUCAUCUUCUACGCCUCGCCGACCCCGGUGUCAGCGGCACCAGCGCCCUUCUUCUUCGACGGUUGCGAGAUGAGCUUGGGAGCUAGUCGUUGUAGUUCUAAUCAGAAUAUGAUUCAGGCGGAUCGCUUUCAUCAUGAGGACCGUGACUUGUCUGCGAAGAGAACUUCAAUGAUGUACUCCGCAGCUCCUGCGCCGUCUACAACUUCCAGGACCUCUCCUCCUGUCGUGCAACAGCGCGGGCGUCGCCCGACAGCACCUGCUGUAGCGACGUCAACCUCAACGUCGACCUCAAUAUUUCGAGUUCCACCGUCCCGCGAAGAAGUAGAUGACGGUGCGAACGAAAGAACGAGGAGCCGGAACCUGUCCACGGAUCGCCAGGGGAACAUGACCGCGUCGGAAUUUUCCGACAGCGACAACAGUUCAUCUUUGCUGGACAUCUCCAACAUGACUGCUGUUGUGCGGUCCGCGAGUAGCACACGGAACAACGACCGUGGUUUAUUCCUUCGGGGCCGGUCGCCCCUGCAGUCCAGCCGAAGCUCGAAGAACGGCAGUGCUUUCUCUCUGAACACAAGCGAGGACUUGGAACGGCGCCGGGCGAACGAAAAUUUCACCAGCUUCGACCGGACGGUCAGCUCCGGGGUCAGCUCCACUUCCGGGAGUUCGUUUGACUUCAACAUUGUGGACCGCGGAGGUGGUGGUGGUCCUUCAACCUCGCUAGGCUUUAAUAUCGCUCCUUCCUCUCCUACGGGCCCUGGUGCAGCUAGUACUCUUUUCGUCCCUGCGCGGAGCACAGAGAACAAUGACGGGGCGUUUUCUAGUUCGACCGCUACACCACCACCGGCUCGUCCUCUUGCUGGUGACAGCACUUUCAUCGGCACAGAUAGCAGUGGUAGAGCGGGUAGUGACCGGAGGAUCAACUUGUCAUCCCUAAACAAUCGCAAUGUGCCGCUUGCUUCGAUCGGAUCGACCUCGAGCUCUUCCGCAACGUUGCCCGCAUUGAACAAUGUCGUUGGAGGUGGUGGGGACGAGGAACAGGAUUUAUUGGUACAUCACCAGCAUCAGAGCGAGCAGAGCAGCAGCCGCAGGUCCUCCUCCUCAACAUCCACCCCUGGAGCGAAUGCGAUGGAAGACGUUGCAGUUGCGCACGAGAUAAACUUUUUCAGGACCAGUGCUGCGACCACGACCAAGGAGCUGGAAAGACAGAUCAGCGGAGGCGGGGUAGAAGUUGUCCUGGGCCAAAAUACUAGCAGCGCAAUUGGUUCCACGAAUGGAUUAUCUUGUAAUCCAGAUGGUUCUGCAACUGCAUCAGCAACCCGGAAGAUGUCAAACACCGCGUUCCGCAAACGCGUGGACAGUUUGUCCGCAGCCGGUGCGGACUCCGAGCCGGAGAGUUUUACGCCCAGCAUCAGCCCGAAGAACAACCGGGGGAGUAGUUUUGUUGCGAGUACUACUAGUGGUCUUCAAGGACUACUACACGCGGCGGAUAAUGAUAGUUUACGAACUACUGGUGCAACUGCGACUUCCUCUGUUGUUCCGCAGCCGUUUUUCGCGUUUCUGGCGUACCCGGAGCAAGCGUCCUCCCCGGGUGACGAUGCGGAGGAGGUGCAACUGCCAGAAGACUUGCUUUUCCAGGACACCAGUCCGGUGUCUGGAAAUACGAAAACGCAAGAACAGGAGGAUCCGACUGCAUCCAGUCAGGUGAAUUUCUUCCUCUCAGAGCAAAAUCAGCAGCUGUUCACGGUUGGACAGCAAUUACUAGACAGAGCGGAAGCUGCUUUUGCUGGGAAUCAUCCUGUCGACCUCCGAACUGAAAGUGAGAUCACGGAGUAUCGGAAGCAGCUGAAGACCGUUAUGUUGAAACUGCGCCGCGUCUUUCGCAAAUUGAACGACGAGAAGCAAGGUACUAGCAGCUUGAGCGGAAAUAAUAGAAUCAUCUCCGACGAACUACAUGCGGUGUACGAGAAGCAGACGCGAGCCAUGUACGACGCUUUACAACAGAAAUUGCGGACGGUAAAAGUAGUCUUCAACAACACACCAGCUGUAGUCUCAACGGCAGUGCCUCAAGCUGUGGUUGUGGGAGAACCUGCAGAUGACGAGGACGAGGAGCAAGACCAAAAGGCCCCUAGUGAAGGAGCAAACAGAAAGAGCAAGCAGGAAGUAGAGUCUCACGGGGACAUUGCGGACCGAAUUUGGCGCAGUCUGCAUGGCGAAGAUGUUCUUGACAAGAACAAUGGGAACAAGAACUACUCCACUGAAGUAGAACAACGCCGGUCGGUGGAUGUUUCUGCAGGAUCAUUAAGGGAUGAAACUGAGUAUAUGCGGCCGAUUUCUGAGUCCCCGGAGCCCCGCAGUCGAUUGCACCAGGGCUCCGAAUCCGCAGACUUGGCUUCCCGGAAUUAUCUGUUGUUCGAGCAGGUCGGACGGGAUUCGGCCGCCGAAGCGGUGGCAGUUUCCGCGACGGAGGAAGAUAGGGAGCGGAUUAGCGACGGAGUAGAUAAGGUAAAAUGCGACGUGUUAUACCUAUUGCUGCUGAGGCAUUUUUGUUUUUCUGACAGAUAGCCAACUGUUCGUGCUGAACUAAUGCUAUGGAAUGGGAAUCUUGUCUCUCUACUGCAACUGCAUUACUAGAAAAAUAGCGUACAACCAGCAAACAAAAGAACUGGUCGGACUGUUUCGGGAAGCUACACAUGUGUCUCCUCGUUGUGUUACCAAGCUACAAGCUCCUUCAUCUGCAUGCGUUUGCGUUUGUAUCGCUGAUGAAAAUCAACCUGUACAAAAUUUGUCGAACAAAACACAGUCCGCCAUUCUCCAAACUACCGAGUUCCACGGUACGGCGCAAGUGGAACUGGAAAUCAACUAUCAAAUGUAAAAAUGUCUGGGUCUGGAAGAUUCUGAGAUUUGUCAUGCAUGUUUUGCAUGACCCAGGAUGUCUGUAAUGCACGGCCGCGCAUCACAGAUUUUGAGAGGGCUUUCUGAUGCCUCCUCCGCAUGACAAACGCCCUCCCCGCGUAGCACAAACUAGACUCCUCGUUUUGCUGGUCAUGCAAUACAGAUUUUUCUAGAACCCAAAGUUAGCAUCACAAGUUCCAAUCUUCCAGACCCAGACAUUUUUACAUUUGAUAUCAACGCGGAUGGUACAACCGGGGCGAUCAUCAGUGACUGGAAAUUGACACGAGACCUCACCGAAGGAACGCAAACUGCGUUAGUGUUCGAUAAACAGGCUUUAGGCAGACCCAGAUCCGGUACUGCAGGUGGGGGUGAAGAUUCCGUGCUAUCCAGGAGCAUGAUGGAAAACGCGAUGAACCGCACGGAGAGCACAAGGAGCAACAACUCCGCGUCGAAGCGCAGCCGUGGUCAGAAGCGAUGGACGGCGAAAGACUUGGAGGACAACUUUGAGGAUUUUUCAAGGGACAAUAUCACUUUGUCUACCACGUCCUUGCCGAACAGGAAUACAACUUCACACGAUAAUGCUGUUGACGACUCCCCUGCUUCGCGACGCGGACAACAAGACAGGAGUUUUAAAAGACAACUGAGCGCCCUGAACAACUCUCCGAAGGUGAAGGUUCUUGUGGGAAAAAAUACCAACUAUAACGAUGGAAACCACGAUAGUACAGCAACAACUAUUCCACCCCCUAAUAUUAUUUCCUCAGAAAGGCAGAAGAACUACUUGAAAUUGAUGGAUUUACGGGUGGAGCUGGAGGAAACGCGGGAAAACGUGAAGGACCGCUACGACUCCUAUCAGAAUGAAAAAAGCCCCCGCCCCAUAUCAAAUGGGAAAUCUGUGACGCAGGAUUUGUGUACACAAAUGCGCGCUCUCUUGCAAUACGGCAUCGCAGCCAGAUCCGCAGCCUAGGGACGGGCGUUUGAGUCUAGGCGCUUAGCAUUACAAACGGCCGUCCUCUAGGCCCAACAGCAUGCCAAAUCGCUUCCCUACCCAGAUAGCAACAAAUGCUCACGCCGCAGCCGUCCCAGGAGCCUUUAUUUUGUUGUUGUCUCUCGGUAGUGAUCACUUUGUCCAAACUUAUUCUACCUAGAGUUUGUCGAGUAAGUGGCUACCGUUUUAAGGUUUAGAGAAAGACAGGGACACCCAGCCCUUAGCUUCCCAACAAGACAGACUUGAUUUGUGGUCUCAAAUAAGCAAUACAAAUUUUCGGAAGCAUGCCUUUUCGAUAUGGGGAGGGGGGAUCUUUCCUUUCGAUAACUCCGUGAAGCAGUUCGCGACGCAGAGUCCGCCCCACAGCCCGGAACGGAUGAAGGCGGCGAAUGAGUUGCAAGAAUUGCGGGACAGUGACUUGAAGUUAAAGUUGGAGAUCACCAAGGUGGACAACAAGUUGAAGGAGGCGGAAAAUGUGCUGGACGACAACGAACUCUCGAAGCUGAAGAAGCAGGUCAUCGAGCGAAACGGCGGAAACCUCGGGAAGCAGUUACACCCCUUUUCAGGAGGUGGAACAACUUCUGCAGGUCGUAGUUCUUCUGGUGGAGCAAUUGUCUCUUCGUAUAAGAAUUUUUCCAAUUCGGUGAGACCGACUAGAGCGUCUGAAUUAAGACACAAAGCGAACAAAGGUAAGGUGGACCACAGGGGCGAUAAAAGCAGCUCUGGAGCAGGAGACGCGACCAGCUCUAAUACCGCAACUGCUCGGGACGAACAAGUUGAGAAGCUCGCAGCAGGCGCUGCGCACCAGCAGAGCAACAAACAACCGAAGCAAAAGAAGAAAACAGCGAGUAAACAGGCUGACGCGCUUGAGCAAGAUCAUGGCAAAAUAUUAGUAGACCAAAUAGCCCCGGAGAAGGCUUUUCAGAAGUCGAUUUCGCAUCCGGUCGGCUUGCUCCGGGGGGUGUACGAGAUGACGGAAAACCUGCAGCGCAUGGACCGCGAGAUUUCCCUCCCAGGAGCGGAGAAACUUUCCCUCGAGGACGAGCGGGAGAAAACGAAACAGUUGCGGCAGAAGCUCGCGAAUCUGACGAACCAGUGCGCGACGUUGUCGGACGAGUUGGAGAAACAGGCGGAGGACCUGGAGGACGCCACGCGACAGCGGCUGUUCCUCGACGUGACCAAGGCGUACAAGAAGACGAUCGAAUUGCACGAGCGCCUCAACACGGUGGAAGUGAGGCGUGCGGAGCGGUUUCGGGUGUCAAAAGUCGUCGAGGAGGCGAGGAAAGAGGCGCUUUCGCUGCAGGAGAACGGCGUGCAACUCCCGCGGGGGCUUCCGGACGCGGUUUUUAGCUUAGAAAAGGCGGUGCAGCAGACCGCCGCGGAAAAUUUGGAUUUGGAGCACGUGGAGCAGGAGUCGCAGGAAAUUUUAGCGGACCUGCGCAUCACAAAAGCGAAAAGUAUGUCGUCCGAGGUCGGGGAUAAGGAUAAGAAGAAUUCGUUGUCCGGAAUAUUGAACAACAUCGAAACCACCAGCACAAUCUCGUUCGGGUUACACAGCGAUGUCCAGGUGGUCAGAAGCAGGUACAGUGAGGAGCUGGAAAAGGAGUUGGCAGGCGAAAGACGAGGAGGUGGCGAAAGAGCAGGAGGUGACGCUGAUGCAGUAGAUUAUUUCCACCAAGAACAGCUCCUUCCCGAAGUCGCCGAGCAAUUCAUCAGCAGAACCAGUGGCGGUGUAAAAACGACGUCCACCGGCGCGGCUCAAGGAUCUACUUCGCCGGUGGUGGCUCCAGGAGCUGGUGCUUCUCCUACUGCAGGAGAGGUGGACCGCGAUCAGCAGAUCGCAACUUCCCUGCUUGAGGCGGCGCAGAGACAGUUAGACGAGCAGCGGCAGUUUGCCCUGGAGGACAUCGCCGCCUACGAGCGGAAAACGCAGGAGGAGAUCCAGCGAAGAGAGAAGGAGCUGCUGAAAAAGCAACAGCUGUUAGAGCAGCAGGAAAAGGACCAGCUUUUCGAGCAACAGCGCGCGAAGGAGGAGCUGCAGAAUCUGCGGGACGCGGCGAAGCGAGACAUUGACGCGAAACGGUUCAGUUUAAGGGCUGAGGAAAAGGAGAAAGUGGUCCAGGAGAAAGAGGAACUGGAAAAGUUGAAAUUUGAGUUGACCGAAGAACAGAAACGAAAAGAGGAAGAGGCGGAGGCUAUCCUGAGUAAAAAUGUCCCCACCCCAGAGUUGUCAUGGAGAUUUGCAAUUGCAGGAACAUUUGUAAUGCGCGUCCCCAAGGGAGGCACUUCCAAUCGUGUUUUGGCACUUGUAAUGCUGCAAACAGGAUAAGUCGAUGGAUUUGUGAUGCGGCUGUCCUUGCUAAUAUGAACUACACUACGGACUGCAACUUGUCAUGCGUGGCUCCCAAGACUUCUGGAGUUGUGUUGCUACGUUCUCAACUUGACGAUGGGGUGGGGACGUUUUUGCAUUUGAUAGAGCGGCUGCUCGCGUCGGCGCGGCGGGAGAGGACGAAGAUAGAAGACCAGAAGCGGGAACUGGAAAAGCAGAAAAAGUCCCAGGACACGAACAUCGAGGCGCAGAAAGCGACGUUGCGUUUGCAAUUGGCCGAGCAAGAAGCGGCGGCGCGGCGGGACGUGGAAAGCGCGAAGCAGAAAAUCGAGCAGGCUCGUCGCGCGCAGGAGGAGCUGGAGACGGAGAGGAAGAAGAUGGAGGCAGAGGUGCAGCUGAAGCUCCAGCAGGAGGAGGAAAAGGCGCGGGUCGCGCUGGCAGAACGGGAGAAAUUGGCGCGACAGGAACUGGAGUCGAUGGAGCUGCGGAUCCAGAAGGACGCCGAGGACGCGCGGAAGAAGGUGACCGAGUUACAGAUGUUGACGGACCAACUAGCGGAGGAGAAGAAGAAGAUCGAGACCGCGAAACGGGACAAGGACAACGAGAUUCUGCAUAAGAGGGAAGAGCUCGAUAAGGAGGAACUGUUGAUGCGCAAACGGUUGGAGGAGCAGCGCGAGAAAGCGCGCAUCGAAAUUGAGGAGAACCGGUUACAGGCGGAGAGAGCGCUGUUGGAGAAGCAGGAGGAGGCCCGGCAGGAAAUCGAGGACGCUCGCGCGAAAGACCGCGAGUCGCGACAGGCACAGAAUGAGCUGGAGCGACUGCAGCAGCAGAUCCAGUCGCAGGGGGAGCAGCUGCAGCGGGCCUUGGAGCAGCAGAAGCUGUCCGCGCGCAUGGAGAUGGAAGAGCGGGAGGAAAAAGUGCGGAAUUUGGAAACGAAACACCAAAUCGAGGCAAAGCGGCAGGUGGCGGAGUUCGAGCGGAAACAGUUGGAAUUGCAACAACAGAACGAACGUCUGCAAUUACUCAUCUCCGGCAUUGAUCCCACCGUUGUUUCGGGGUCCUCAGCGCAAGGUCCGGUCGUGCUGACCCCCUCGGGCGGCGCGCAAGAACGCAUUCCCGACGCAGACGCGAUCAAGGAUUUCCGCGAGGCCUUGGAACGGGAGUUCCCGAGGUUGCGGGGGGACAAAAAACUACCCGAGUUUUCCCCGAGAAAUCUCUCCUCCGCGUUCAAUUUUAGCGACUCGAUCAACAUGACUGCUGGAGUUGAUGCUCUAGGCCCUGCUGCAACGAUCACAAGUGCAGUGCCGAUGCAACUAGGCUAUCCGACGGACGGCCAGCCGACGUCGAUUGCGACCACCCCGGCGGUUUUGCCGAUGGAACUGUACGUGCCGAUUCUGAACACGACCGGCCCGUUAGUCGACCCGGGGGCGAGGCAAUCGCAGAACAACCAAAACUUGCGCGACAGACCGACCAGAGCCUUCCAACCGUCUUUGGUCGAUGGAGGUGGAGGUAGUGCUAGCUCCUUCAACCAGCAACGAAGUAAUAGCCCACUGAAUCUCCAAAACAACCCGUUGAUCCGCAACCCGUACGGCGUCUCCCCCGCCUCCCCGCUGAACCGCACGACUUCUCCGUUUCAAACGCCGUUUCAGAACCCGACUGUAAACAGCACGCAUCCACUGUACCGAAACAACAGCAAAACCAGCAACGGCGCGGGGCAGGAAAUGAACACGAGGUCCGCCAUGACGCAGCCCCAGCGGGGCGCGGACUUCAUCGAAACCCGAGCGGAGCAGCUGCGAAGUAACUUGUCAGGAUUUGGUUCAGCAUCAUCUCCCCUGGAAUCUGGAGGUGUCAACAUCAACGAAAUAGAUUUAUUCGUGCAGCAGCAGCAGCAGGGAGCAUCUAGUUUAGGGGGUGGAAAAAUUGCAGACGCGACAUCAAAUACGAAUAGCCCAGGGGGCUGGAACUUCGACCUGAACGGAGCAAGAAGUAGUGCCACUUUUACUUCCCAGCAUUCCCCGAUGGACGUGUUCGAUCUUGACGCGAAGACGAAGGAGAAGUCGAAGAAGCUGGACCGCGAGCAGGCCUUGGAGCAGAAAUACCACCGGUUGCAGCAGCAAGUGGACACGCUCCUGCUCGAGAAGGAAAGCGCAACCCCGAUGAAGAUCAACGGAGCUGGUGCCCCCAGUGGCGUCGCUUCCACGCCGCCGUUUUCCGCCACAGAUAGGGACUACGCCGACGAAUACCCCUUCCGGGAUCGGAAAUCGAGAAAAUCCAGAGCCUCCUUGGGCACCGCGCUUUCGCAGGGUCGGGUGGAUCAUCCACGCUCGACGGUAAAUUACCCGGCACGGGACAUUACGGGGACAUCAGAGCUUGUUGCUGGAGCUGGUGCAGUGGUGGUCCCAGUCGCAACCACAUCUCCUUCGCAACCUGGUCAGAUCCGUGUCAGUACCUCUCCGUCGCCACCCAGUACGAGAAAGUCGAAGAAUCGGUCUUCGCUGAAGGACCAAGAGCACUUCACCGCGGCGCAGAGGGAACUAGAGCACCACAAAGCGCAGCUUUUGGCCGAAAGACAGGCGUUUGAAGAGGAAAAAAGGCGGCUAGAAGAAGAGAAGAAAAAGCUCUAUCUGCAGCCGUAUAACCCCGGCUAUUAUAACAACCGACAAUCCACCUCUGCGAAGUACAAAGGUGCGGCUUUGGAUCAUAGGGUCCCGUUUCAGGAUAAGGAGGCAAGGAAGACAGUCGAGAAACUGAGAAAGGACAUGGAGCAGAUGAAGGAGACGCAGAGGAAAAACGCGCGCGCCGGCGGACAUAAGCUGGAACAGCUCGCCGCCCGAGAUCGAAAGAGGGCCUACGUGUCCAAAGUGCAGCAGUUUAACAGCAACGGUAAUUCUCAUCAACUACAUCCUCGAGACAGGUCAAUAGAUGAUAGGGAGCUGCAACAACAUAGCAGUAUUAACAGACCAGCGAGGGGGUCCGCUGCGACGCAAGUGCUGGAGCCGCCAGACCAACUACGCGGCUCCUCGAGCAGAGGCCGGAGCACGGCGAAAAAUAUUAAGGGCAGCACACCUGCACCUGCUCCAGGUGGAGCUGCUACCACUGUUCCGAACAUUCACUCCCGGCUCGGAAAGCCGAACGAGGCUUUUUGGAAGUCGGCGCAGGAGUCGUUUGCCCCGGAAGACUCGAAAAUCAAGGAGUUGAAGGACGGAAAAAACGUUUUGGUCGUUGCCUCUCCACCCCAAGCCGCCUCCCGGUCGGCGUCUCCCGCCAAAACCGCGUUGCCGCCGCACGAGCGCCUGAUGUACGAGCGAAGGGUUUCGAAGGCGUCAGGAUCGCGCAGUCCGGGAGGUAGUAGAAGUCCUUCGAACAGUAGACCCGCACGGCCCCCGGGCCACGGCACGGACAUGAGCUUGAAGAAGCCGUCGAAUGUUAAAAAUGGCCGCGCGGAGUGGAUCAGCUCUUCGUCUGCCAGCACCGAUGACUUAGUUCACGACGACUUGAAGUCAAAGAAGCGCCGAAUGCUGCAGCAGCAACGACACAGAUCUGACUCCCCGAAUCAUGCAACUGCGAGUAGACACCGGGAGCGCGCGCCGAGUCCUCCCGGAGGUGGAGGACAACUAAAUCAGCAGGGAAGUAGUAGAACGCGGAACAACAAGGUAAAAUCAUAUUCCGCUUUGGACGAACCAGAGGAUGCGGUGCUACAGGGCACCAAACCCUUGGAGGAACUAACCCUAAGAGAUGUCCAACGCCUCGCGGUGCAGCUGAACCACUGGAAAAGGGGCGCCGCGGACGUACUUUCGGAGAUGGACAUGUCGGUGCAAGCCCGCUCGGUUUCCCCGCCGGGUGGAGGUGGAGGCGAUCUGUUGAACAGUAAUAACUUCAAUCGGCAGAUGAAUCAGUACCAGAUCCGCGGGGAACUGGAAUUAUCUGCAAGCAACCCCUUGUCGCCCUCCAGUUCCAAGCUGACGACAACCUUUGAGGGGACUCUGAGGCCACAUCUUGGUGGGGAGCCGAACUCGAACCGGGCAGUAAAGGCAUUCGGCACUUACGUGUCGUCCAGUGCGCCGUCAGCGGCGCACCCGGGCUUGCUGGCAAAGGACGUGCGCUUCAUGGGGCAUCAAUUGCCGACAGUGCAAAAUCAGGUUCGUGUAGAAGCAGUAGGAGAUGUGAGGUUGCAGCAAGUUCAACAAGAACGCAGGAGGAGCCCCCUGGAACAGAAACUUCUGAGCGAAAGAGAAAUUCUGAUUCGCGAAAUCCAGAACAGCUUGCACGGGAAGACAUCCGACGAACUGGUAAAGUUGAACGAAUCCGCGAGUAGCAGCAUGGAGAGCAGCAGCAGCAGCAGUAGCACCGAAGGUGAUCAUGGCCGCGGGUACAAGUACAACUACAACCAACCUCACUAUCAGUCGCGGCAAAGCGCUGCUAUGGCAGAACAACACUCUCCAACUUCAAAAGAACCUACGGAGAGAAUUAGUGGAGCUGCCACAGUUCGUCGUCCAGGGUACAACAACCACCGGGGGCUGCACCCCCACAGCAGAACCCCAAGUCCGCCCCAAUAUCAUGGUCUUCAAGCGAACAAACAGCACAACUUUACGCCGGACAGCAGGCAUUUGUACCACCAGGGCUCGUCUGCGGCUACACCACUGAAUAGAGGAAGACACGACGACCCACGCGGCCACGAUGAGCCUGGUAUUAACGCGACCACCAACUUCCGCAAUAGCAGUGACAAAGACCGCGCCGGCCAAAGACACUAUUCCCACACGGUGGCGAGCUACAACAAAUCCCACCUGGCUGCCAGGCGCUCCGCCGCCGAGGUGGCGUUGCCCGAUAGCGAAAGCGACAGAGUGUCCGGCAUCGACGAUCGGGAUGAUGUUGACCCGAUGGUCGUCGUUCCUCCUUACAUGCAGGCCACGGAGAGUUCCCGGCCGAAACGGUUGUCCUACCAAGCGGCCAAACCAAAUGAGUUUGGGCGGCUGCCGGACGGGGUCAAAAACCCGCUGAUCCAACGGCCGCGGUCGCAAUCGCCGACGUACACCGUGAGAAACCAGCCGCACCCGGACAAGGUCGUUGGCUUGACCAAGUUGACCGUGACGAGGCGAGAGAGAAGGGAGCGGGUGAACAGCAUCACGGAGGCCAUCAACAGCCGGUCGGGCAUGAUCGCGCCGAGGCCACCGACGGCAAGGGGGCACGAUAGCCUGUCGAAGAGCACCCGAUCGCUCAGUCCGGGGGAACUGAUGAAACAACAACAAACUGUCGCUGGUGCUGGUCAUGCAGCCUCGUCGUCCCCUGCGUUCGGGAGUUCCUCAAAAUCAACCCGGAUGCCGCCUUUCUCACCGGUGCGGACGCGACCAAGGCCCUUUGUGUUCGCAGAAUCGGAUUCGAAGGGGGUGUUCGCCGGGGAAAGCAGUAGCACGACGGAAGUGGAUGAGUUACAGAAAGGCAGGUCGCCGAUCUUGUGCGAAAAUAGCCAGGUGGUCGUGGAAAGAAGAUCACCUACAAGAACACUAGGAGGAUCAGCGGCAGGAGCUGCGCAUGAAAUAGAAAAUCGUGAAGAUCACAAUCGGGGUGAUGAUAAAUCACUCGGCCCGUCAUCUGCAGCAGCUGCGCACAAGAUUCCUCAGAGCUUCUAUGACGAUACUUUUUCCUGCGCGAACUCCUCAACUUACAGCGGAGGAGGUGGCCGCAGUCCACCUAAAAAGCACUACGUGUCGGAAAGAAUCAGCCGGCUGGCCGAGCCGAAAAAGGGACGAGGGGUUGUGCCGCCGGGUGCUGCUGGUGAAGAGAAGAAAAUAAAGAGCAACGUUAGUGUCGUGGAUCUGGAAGAACAUAGUAGCAAAAUAACUUCAUGCUCGAAGGACAAUGAUAUUGACGGGGAUCAGAAUCUUGUGGAGUUGUCCGCGACGUCAGAAAUUUGUUCCAACACGCCAUCGAGAGUGCUAGAUGAUUCCUUCAAGACGCCACCAAGGAGCUUAUUAGGGGAACGAACGCGGAAUGGCAGGGGGAAAGGGGCAGCUUCUAUGAGCAAAAACCUGCAUCACGCGAAAUCGACGCCACACUUAGGCGGAGUCGUGAAAGAUCAAUGGUCUGCGCAAUCCGAGCAAACGAAAAAGGACCCGAAGAAUUUUCUCCGAAGGGACCCGGCCCGCGCGACGCCGCAGGUGCCGGUAACAAGCACUUACAGCUACCUCCUGGAGAAAAGAUUCGGGAAGAAAUAAAAAGUAGAAAUAGGCUGUUUUUUUUUCAAGUUUGAAUUUUAUCAGUUCAUCAGUUUCUAAAGGUAAAGUACCACGCGCGUCGUCGUCGGCUACGCGCACAAUCAUGUUUUUGCGUUUCGAAUUAUCCUUGAAAUUGAAGACAAGUACUUUCAUUCGUCGUACACGACCCGGGUACGAGAAACGAGCGUCCCCGUUAACUUUUCCCCCAAGCACCCGAACCCCGAUCAUCAACAAGAAGGAGAACCCACUUGUAUAUGUACGAAUUUUUUAAAGGUCACGAUCUUAUGUUUUUUGUCAACACACAUUCAUUCAAUUUCCGAAUCCGAGCUUUUUUUUUUUGUCAACUGAUCAUAUACACAAUCAAAUUUUGCAACACUACGCGGACAUGACUUUCAAGUCGAGCCUCUGUUUUUUGGUGAAGGACAUCAAUGUUUCCCCAGCAGAACCAGAAAUGCAAUUGCCUACCUGUACCUGUACCUGUAGUACUUUUCCCCAACCAAAAAUUUCUUCGCAUCAAU